GCCCGCUAACAACCUAUACUAGCCUAGCCCACAAACCCCAUUCCUAGCGCCUCACAAUUUUCCAUCUUCACCCCCAGCAAAACGAAACGACAACAAUGGCGGCGUCUUUCUGCCGCUCCGCCGCCGCCGCGGCCAGGUCGGCGGCGCUCCGGUCGAGGCCCCGGGUCGCGACCCCGUUCCCGGCGACGAGGUCCCCCGUAGCUCCUCUUCCCCUCCGCAGGUCCGCGGUGACGGCGCUGGCGGGCGCGGUAGAGUCGCUGAUGCCGCUGCACAGCGCGGUGGCCAGCGCGCGGCUGCGGUCCUGCAUCGCCGCCGACUCCUCCUGCUGGAGCUGCCUCUCCCGAGGUUUGAUCAAGCGCAUCUGAUACACGGCUAGGAGCAUAAUGUGAAAGAGCAUGGAUCGCGUGCUCGUGUGUCAUGUUUCCAUGUCUGAUUUCUGCUCGAAAGAAUAGGGCACGGCAGUGUGCAUUAAUGAUUUUUUGUUGGAAAAGUUGCAGAACUAAUCUGUUGCUGCCUCUAGCGAAACUAUUGUUUUAAUUUCAGUGUAAUCGCUCUAUGCAUAUGCAGUUACACAGUUAUCUCAGUUUCUCAUUGCAAUGCUUGUUUCUUGGACACCUUGAAUUGUAGCACCGGGUGAUAUAUUGAUAUUAUGUUGUUUCACCGUUUUUCCA